AUGACGUUCGUGGCAGAGGUGAAGACGCAGUGUGGGGCCAUGGAUGCCCAGUACGAGGAGCGCACCAAGACGCGGGCGGAGGAGACCGAGGCCAUCUCCAAGGCCGUGGAGAUUCUGGAUGCAGAGGAGGCUCACGCCAGCUUCGCCAAGAGCUUCUCCUUCCUCCAGGAGAGUCACAAAUCUCCUCCCGCACUCUGCGCGCGGCCUCCCGCUUGGCCAAGGCCAAGGAUCCUCGCCUGGUGA